AUGAGCAAAACUACAUCGAAACUUAAGAAGGAUCAUAUCCCCGAAAAUUUUCAAAUUCUUGUUAAUGGUUUCUUUCAAGAAUCUCAGUUGAAAAUUAAGAGACUGUUGAAGGAGAAUGGUCUAGAUGGUAGAGUGACGCAUAAAAGUGUUUCUAAGAUGAUUAGUUAUGGCAAACCGAUAAUAUCGAAUUAUAAAAUUGGCCUUGAAAAUCUUCCUAAACAAGUUGAGUUGAUUAAGGCUCAAAAGGGUUUUGAUUUUACAGUAAUGGUAGCAGGUCAAUCCGGAGUGGGUAAGUCAACAUUCAUUAACACAUUAUUUGGAGAAAGUUUGGUAGAGAAAGAAAUACAUGAUGAGAAGGAUAUUGGAAAAUCAAUAAUUAAAAGGAAAUUCCAUAUUCAAGGGGAGGGAACUGAGUUGAGAUUUAGUGUUCUCGAAACUCCAGAUUAUGGCAACAAAGUCAAUAACUCCUUUGUUUGGGUACCGCUUGAAAGUUACAUUGAUGAACAAUUAAGGAGUUUUAUUUUUCAAGAGGAACAACCCCAAAGAGAAUGUAUAAAUGAUACUAGAAUUCAUUGUUGUGUAUAUCUUUUUGAACCCACCAAUAAGGGGAUUAAAGCUCUGGAUAUAGUAACCAUGAAAGAACUUUCAAAAAAAGUUAAUUUGGUUCCAAUUAUUUCAAAGAUUGAUAUAUAUAGCAUUGAAGAACGUCAGAAACUAAAAUUGUUAGUGAAAAAUUUAAUAAAAGUUCAUAACAUUGAAGUUUGCAAGUUAAUUAAAGAUUAUGGUUUCUUUGAGGAAGACAAUGUUGAACAGUUUUGCACUGAUUGUCCAUAUGGAGUUGUAACGUCAGAUAAACACAUUUUGAGUUUAAGUGAAGAUUUGGUUUUAGGAAGAUCAUUCAAUGGAAAUAAAAUUGAAGUUGAAAAUGAAGAACAUUCAGAUUUUCUCAAAAUAAGGAAUUUUUUGUUAAGAGAUAAUCUAAUUGAUUUGGUUAAUUCGACGACUGCCUAUUAUGAGAAAUGUCGAGCAGAGAUGUUGAAAUCCAGAAUUGCCAAAACACAAGAGUUGGUUUUAAAGGAUUUAAAUGCUGAACAUACUAAACCGGAACUUUUUAGAAAUUUUAAUUUUGAAAACCCAGAUGAAAAUGGGUUAAGAAAUUAUAUUUGUUACCAAUUAUUUAAUAAGAACGCCAUGAAUAAGCCUAUCGAUGUUUGGUGUCCAGAUCUUUUAGAAAGACAACUGAAUUUUAAAAAGAAAUAUGAUGACUUGUUAACUGUGGAGGAAGGCAAGUAUCAGGAAUGGGCUCAAGGAUUAAAAAAAACUCAAGAAGAAGUCAAUCAUGACAUUAAACAAAUGACCGAAACGAUUCAAUUGUUGCAGCUGGAAUGUGAGGUAUUGGAAGAUCAACUUUUGAAUGGUAAGAGGACCAGAAUAUAUCCAGAGGAUAGUAAUGUAACGUUGGUAGGUUACUGUCACAAGAAAUAG